AUGCACAUUCUGCCGCAAAAGAAAGGUGAGACCUACUACCCCUCCCUUACCCCAGUUCCCCUCACAUACAUGAUCAAGUGUAACGGCCAGAAGCCAAAGUGUAUCAACUGCCAGACGUACGAGAAGGACUGCGUCUACGAGCCCGUCCCCGAUGUCACCAAAGCAGCAGGCCGCCAGCGCCACCAGCGCACAAAGACCCGUAGCGUCAAGGCCCGCACUGAAUCACCCGCCCGUCAGACCAGCGCCCCCGCAGCCUCGUCAAACGGCGACAGCAGUGAAGCAGCGAGCAGUAGUCAGCAGGCAGUGACAACACGCGAUGGAGCGCAGCCUCGCCAUCAAUCCUGGGAUCCUUCACCGCGGCCCAUGGAUUCAGGCGUCGCGAGAGUCGUUGUACUUGCGAACGGUGAAUCGACGUACCAUGGACGCACGAGCGCCUUGUUUGAGGAUAAUGCGCAGGAGAGACCUGUUGAGCAGGAGGUGCAGCCGCGGAUGCCGGAUCAUUGGGUAGAGCGUGGUCUUAUCGCUGAGGCAGCUAAGCAGCGGCAACUGGAGGAGAUCCAUUUCGCUAAGGGGCAGCUUGACUUUGACGGUGUUGAUCCCGACCUGGGGAUGCACCUCCUCUCGCUACACUGGAACCGUCAACACCACUCAUUCCUCAUCACGUACCGUCCCGCCUUCAUGCGGGACAUGGCAUGCGGCGGGCCAUACUUUUCGAAACUGCUCCUCAACGCUAUAUACUUUGGUUCAUCAAAGUUUAGUCCAAGACUCGAAGUUCGAAAGGACGUCAACGAUGUCAGGACUGCGGGAUGGCGGUAUCGCGAGAGGGUUAGGGAGUUAGUGGGAGGGUCGUUGGACAGGAGCGAUAUCACGACGAUCCAGGCGCUGCUCGUCAUGACGAAUUCGUUGUUUGCGCUAGGUGAUGAGAGGAGUGCGGCGUGGUUGUAUGCUGGACUGGCGUUUCGUAUGCUCAUUGAUUUGGGGCUGCAUGUUGACUUGACGAAUUCUCAUCAGUUCUCUGAUGAGGAUCUUGAGAUACGACGGCGUGUUUUCUGGGGAGCUUUUGUGGUCGAUAAGAUUCAGAGUCUGUAUCAAGGCCGACCCGUCACCCUCAAAGAGAACGACGCCAUGGUUCCGAUAAAAUUCAUCGAUACAUACUCUGAGCUCGAGUUCUGGCAACCUUUUGCGUACUCAACGUCAAGGAACGACUACGCUGGUUCGCCUGCCUACAGUAUCUCGACAUUCACUGCGCUAUGCAAGUUGUCUAUCGUCAUGAGCGAUGUCAUGAGCACCAUAUACACCGUUCGAACAACAGACCAAAGCCCAGCUGAGUUGUCGAAAGUGUUGGAUAAGUUACAGAAGAAGUUACGAGAUUGGCAUACCGCUUUACCGGAUCAUCUCAAGCCUGAGGUUGCGAAUGCACCUGAUGCAACAGUUCCUCCACCUCACGUUCUCAGUCUUCAUGCCAUGUACCACGUCCUCGUUAUUCUCCUCCACCGCCCCUUCGUCGCAGACGGUCAUCUCUACAACACAUUCCGCUCCAUCUCCGUCGACUCCGUAAUAAAAUGCUCAGCCGCCGCCUCCAGCAUCUGCAGUCUUCUACGCGCCUAUCACCGCGCAUUCUCCGUCCGUCGCGCCCCCUACCUGAUCUCCUACGCAACCUACGUUGCCGCAACAAUCCACUGCCGUAUCGCCGCCAAAAACGGCAAAGGCUCCGCUGCCUACGUCAACCUCAUGACAUGUCUCGGUGUGUUCAAAGAAAACCAAGAGACCAAUUCCGCAGUGCAAAAGGCCGCUGUUAUUAUUCACAGGCUCAUGAGCAAGUAUGGCGUUGUGGUUGACGAUCUUCCCGAUGACGCGCUCGAGGCUGAACCGGCGAGUAAGUCGCGUGAUCAACAGCCUCAGCCUCAGCAGCAGCGGGUACAAGCGCAGAUUGGGUAUGAAGGCUUGGAGAACACGGGGAGCGCACAGACGGAAACAUCGCCGAAUCAGGAAAUGCAACCAGUCGAACUGAGCGGUAGCGCGGUGCCAUCACCGGGUUCAGACUGGAUCAACAUCGAUGGCAUCAUACAGAGCUUCCUCCGCGAGGGCGACUUCAACGCCGGCAGCGAGCCAACCAUGUACAGCCAAUACCCCCAGAAAAUACCUCAGGUCGACGGGGAGCACUAUCUCCACACAUCGACAGGUCAACAGCCUGUUUACUUCCCCCAGGGGUUUCCCGCGGGAGGACUAAACAGUUUUCCUACUCCCGUGCCUGGGGCUGGGGACAUCGAGGGUGGAAAUUCAUGGCAGCAGACGAGCUUCUGGCCGGCGAAUCAAGAUGCUGCAUUUUUGGAGGAUCCGAUUUUCGGGUUUAAUGGGUCGAGUACGGGUGAGUUUCAAUACAUGGGCAGAUGA